UUAAUCUUUCUCUCUCACAUUAAAUAUUAUUGUUUGAUUUAUAAAAUAAAUUCUGUAAAUAUGUAUGACCAACCAUGAUCUUAACAUGCAAGGAUUUUUGGCCAAAAAAUAAACCUGUUUAGAUUCGUUGAAUGAGGUAAAAAAAAAAGAGUGCUGGAUUUGGGAGAUUCAAUCGUAAAAAUUGGUGUUAUUUGAAAGAAUUAAUUUGAAGAGUGUGUAAUAGGUAAACUAAAUAGAAAAUGGAGUCAUCGCCGCCGUCGUCGAAGCAAACGGAGUUCGAUUACUUGUUCAAGUUCCUUAUGAUCGGAGAUUCAGGAGUCGGAAAGAGCAGUCUUCUUUUAAGUUUCACUUCCGACACCUUUGAGGAGCUCUCUCCCACUAUUGGUGUUGAUUUUAAAGUGAAAUAUGUAAAUGCUGGGGGUAAGAAUCUGAAGCUUGCAAUUUGGGAUACAGCUGGGCAAGAAAGAUUCAGAACAUUGACAAGUUCUUACUACAGAGGCGCACAAGGGAUCAUUAUGGUUUAUGAUGUAACACGGAGGGACACAUUUACAAAUCUUUCUGAAGUCUGGUCCAAGGAAAUCGAACUCUACUCAACAAAUCAAGACUGCAUUAAGAUGCUUGUUGGAAACAAGGUUGACAAGGAAAGUGAGAGGGUUGUGACAAAGAAAGAAGGAAUAAACUUUGCAAGAGAAUAUGGUUGCCUUUUCAUUGAAUGUAGUGCUAAAACACGUGUUAACGUACAGCAGUGCUUUGAAGAGCUUGUUCUAAAGAUUCUUGAUACUCCGAGUCUUUUAGCCGAGGGCUCCAAAGGUGUCAAAAAGAACAUUUUUAAACAGAAGCCGCUACAACCUGAUGCAUCUGCAAGCAGUUGUUGCUGAUGCAUCUAUAUUGAUUCUUCAUACUCCCAAAUCGCUAACCAGAGUGCGGCAGCUCUGACAAUUAUUUACGGUUGGUUGAUUUCUCUUCCAUACGAAACUCAACUUCCAUGUAAUAUAGCAUUCUUGUGAAUCCUGUUUAUUUUCCAGGUCAUAUUGUGUGAUCAUUGUUUACUUGGAACAAUUUAAUUGAAUGUGAUGCAAUUUACAGUGAUA